GUUUUUUCAAGGUCCUCAUCGACUGCUACAUCAUGACUUGGUAGUCUGCCUCUGGGUCGUCUUGACCGCCUUCUUGUCCAACUGGAACUCUGUCAAGGCUUUAACAACUCCCGCCUGCUAGCCAUCCUCCCUUCGCCCUGUGGCUGUUGUGCCGCUGACACCAAAUUGACGGCGUGAUUCACUGGCACUUCGACUCCUCCGGCUGCCUGCAGACUUAACCUCACUUCCACCUCACUUCCACCUCACUUCGUGUCCUACUAAACCCUCAUCGUCACUGCCGCAGUUGGUUGUCUUCCCCACAAGAGUACUUUCCUACUCUUUCAUACCUACAACUCCACUGUUCAAGACAUACACACCUUGAUUGACAGAAGUGCCCACCAUGGCCUCGACUCACGGUCGCCAAUAUGUGAUCGUCAACCUUCGAGACCUCGACAACCGCAACCCAAUUCCUGAACGCCGUGUCCAUCUGCACGCUCCAGACUGGUGCGUUAAGAUCGGCCGUAGCACCACAAACGGUGAUGAGACUCUACGUCCUGCUGCAACGAAUGCCUGGUUCGAUUCAAGAGUCAUGUCAAGAAGUCAUGCCGUACUUUCUGCAAACCCAGACACCAAGGAAAUCUCCAUCAUGGACGUCGGUUCAAUGCAUGGCACCCAUCUCGCAGGCAGAAGAUUGAAAACCAACGAGACCGCUGUUCUCUGGACUCGAGACAUUGUCACUCUGGGUGCUGAUGUGAGCAGAGGACCUUCCUCUUUCAAUGCCGUGAAGCUUGACGUCAGCUGGGCCUGGUGUGAUGGUUGUGCUGCGCCCAUGAGCGGCAAUUUUCCCUCCUCACAACCAAACCGUAACACCUUCUCUGCGGAUAUCAGCGAAGACGAGGGCGACGCCGAUCUCGACCAAGACAGCUACGAUGAGGAUGACGGCUAUGAUCUUGAAGAGAUCCUCGAUGAUGAAGACCAAUACGACCAAUACGAGGAAGAAUAUGCCGACCGGGGAAUCGAAGUCGUUGAAGAUUCUUUCCGUUCUCCGAGCAUCGAAGUCGCCGUGCCACCACCGCGCACCUUUACUGUCCCCGACUCUGACCUAUCUGAUGCUCACAGCUACAUCUCUAGUGGAGAAGAUUCUGAGAGCGAGAGUCCAACUUCGAGCCCUAUCAGUACAUCCAAAGAAGUCGAGCAUAUGAUGCAGACGACGGAAGCGCUUGAAAAAGCAGCCAACAUGGACAAUAAAGUGGAGGCUACCAAGUCUGAGCACAUCACUGCCACAAGCCCUGCAGACGUUAUCAUGUCUCACUCAACUGCUUCCUAUAACGAAUCACAUACGAAUGGUUGGCCUUCGGAUCCUGUCAAGGCUGGACCAGGUGCGGACGGAUCCCAUGGCGACCAACCUCUUUCUUCGGGUAUGGCCGGAUCCAGCGAGGUUCCCGCGAUCACUGUCGACAACAUUGAGAUCACCCGUCCGGUCCUUGACACUCUUGCUACGCCACAUGACAGAGCUCCCGUCCAUCGAACACCAUGCCCAUCGGACGCAGCAAUGGCCAGACCAUCAACUUAUGACAUGAUUCGAGCUCCUCCGUUCAUCCAAGCUUCACAACAUGUCCAAGCGUGGGAUGAUGCUCCUGGCCCUUCGCAGGCUCGUUCGACAUCCGCCUGGGCUGGACACAACUCCGUGUUGUACGACUACAUGCCGGACGUGCAUACGCAGUACGCUGAACCACACUACUGCUAUUCUCAGGACUCCCUUGGACGUGGCUGGGACGCUCCUGUGUCUCGCGAUUUUCUGACUCUACCACCUCUUGAGCAUUCAAGACACUCCAGUAUCGCUGAACGCACAAUGACCUGCGAGCUCAAGGUACCCCAAAUGCCGAAGGAGUCACUCAAGCGCAAGGCAGACCACAUUUCGUCUGAUGCUGCGUCUUCCUACGCAAGUGCUCAGUCUCCUGAGCCUUCUAAGAUGGCCCUCGCCAAUGCAGAACCUAUCGCCAACGCUGCGACUGAGAAUGCAGUGCAGAGUCCCUUUGACCGAUCAGAGGCAGAUAUCCCCGUCCAGACUACCGAGGUCGACACCCAACCAGCACGCAAGAAGCUCAAGAAGAACAAACAACGAUCUGCAGAACAAAACGGCAGCGGCACUGGUGGUUUCGUCAAACUUGCUGCAGCUGCUAUCGUCGGUGUGGCAAUUGGCACCGUUGGGACGAUUGUCGGUCUUGCUGCUUUGCCUCCAAUUGCAUGAAUGAUGGUUAUGUCGCUUAUCGUCGUAUGCAGUAAAGGCUUCAAUGGUUACAUGACGCGAUUGGCUAUUACCUGUCUUCUGGGGACGGUGGGAAAUUAUGAUUAAGAAGUCGGCCUCGAAUGAAGAAUGGGGAGGUCAGGAUUUCUUCGACGCUUAGGGCUCUAAGGUUAUGGGGAUCCGGAGUUUCAUUCAUCAAUGACUUGAAAGUUGCAGCGGCCAUGGCAACGAAGUGAUGAAGACAACGCCUGACAAGCAAACAUCAGGCUUUCUCAUAUGGCGAAGAGGUGCUGAAAUUCCAGGCUUGGCUAUGAAGGUAUUUCUGCCUGACAAGACCGAGCACUAAAUAGUCAUCAGCGUGGAUGAUUGAGACUCGGUAUAUCGUGUUUUAAUGGCAAGAAAGCACAUUUUCCAAAACAGUCAUAUUCACUUGAACUCCCGAAGAAACUCCUGGGUUUGAUGAGCUAUAGACCUGACCUAGGCUACAGACUUUGUGUUUAUGAGAGGAUGUCACUCCCGACUCAACGGAAGAGGUGGCAAUGCAAGUCGUUUCUCACGACCCAUCGAUGACAGUCUCGAGCUCCUCCUGUGUGACGACAGUCUUGGUCUCAAAGUUGACAACGUCGAAGCCGCUACCGUACCAUUCAUUCCAGUCCCAAUCCAAACUCCGGUGGUUUUCUUGACCGAAAGCUCGAAUCAUGACUUCCCCUUGCUGCUCGGCUUCCCGGCCCUGUAGAAGAAGCUUCUGAGCUCCGGCCAUAUUUUUGCUGGUUGCGCCUUGACCCCAGAUUGUGUGCUUGACCGGAUCGAUGAAGGUGCCGAUGUGCCUGAAGGUCACACUUAUUCUUUCUCCGUCAAAUGCCAACUCGGCAGAAUCCUUCGCCGACGCAGGUCGCUUAUCCGCGCGGAUGGAAUGUAACCAAUGUCGGUUGGUUUCUUCGCCAAGAAUGAAAAGAGAGUUGUGUGGAAGAUGGAUGCGUUGAGAUGGUCGGACGCUGUCUUCUUCUUGUUGACAAUCCUCGGCAGCAGUCGGAAUGGCCGACUUCUUCAUCCUCAGCACCAUCGUUCUCUGCGCACCAAGGCUUAGGUUUACUAUACUUGAUCCUCGAACGAUAUCUAGCGUUUUGUCAGAGUGUUCUGAAAUGUUAUCUU